AUGGUUCCCGGCAACGCGGCGGGGGUGGCCAAGCAGUUCCUGCGCUGCAUCUUCCACCAGCUGGCCCCGAACGGCAUCUUCCCGCAGCUGUUCCAAAGCACCAUCAAAGAUGGGACCUUUCUGCGCACCCUCGCCACGUCUCUGAUGGACUUCAGCGAGCUGAGCUCCAUUGCUGCCCUCAGCCAGCUCUUGGAGGGUCUAAAUAACAAAAAGAAUUUGCCAGCAGGGGGUGCUAUGAUACGCUGUUUGGAAAACAUUGCUACCUUCAUGGAGGCUUUGCCCAUGGAUUCUCCCAGCAGCCUCUGGACCACAAUUAGCAACCAGUUUCAGACAUUUUUUGCCAAGUUGCCUUGUGUUUUACCUCUGAAGUGUUCUUUAGAUUCCAGUUUGAGAAUUAUGAUUUGCCUCUUGAAGAUACCCUCCACCAAUGCUACAAGGAGUUUGUUGGAACCAUUUUCAAAACUGCUCAGCUUUGUGAUUCAGAAUGCCGUCUUCACGCUGGCCUACCUGGUGGAGCUGUGUGGCUUAUGUUACCGUGCUUUCACUAAGGAACGGGAUAAGUUUUACCUAUCUCGCAGUGUUGUUCUGGAACUUCUGCAGGCCCUAAAGCUCAAAUCUCCUCUACCAGACACAAACCUCCUUCUGCUUGUCCAGUUUAUUUGUGCAGAUGCCGGAACCAAACUGGCUGAGUCAACAAUUCUGAGCAAGCAGAUGAUCGCCGCUGUACCUGGAUGUGGAACCGCAGCGAUGGAGUGUGCGCGGCAGUACAUCAGCGAGGUGCUGGACUUCAUGGCAGACAUGCACACGCUGACCAAGCUGAAGAGCCACAUGAAGAUGUGCUCCCAGCCUCUGCACGAGGACACCUUUGGCGGGCACCUCAAAGUGGGGCUGGCCCAGAUUGCGGCCGUGGAAAUCUCCCGGGGCAACCACCGAGACCACAAGGCUGUGACCCGCUAUCUGCCGUGGCUCUACCACCCGCCCUCCGCCAUGCAACCGAAGGAGUUCAUCGAGUGUGUCUCGCACAUCCGUCUGCUGUCCUGGCUGCUCCUGGGCUCCCUCACACAUAACGCGGUGUGUCCCAACGCCUCCUCCCCCUGCCUGCCCAUUCCUCUGGACGCGGGCUCCCAUGUUGCAGACCAUCUUAUUGUCAUCCUGAUUGGAUUUCCAGAGCAAUCCAAGACCUCCGUGCUGCACAUGUGCUCCCUCUUCCACGCGUUCAUCUUUGCUCAGCUCUGGACGGUGUAUUGUGAGCAAAGUGCUGUAGCCACGAAUGUCCAGAGUCAGAAUGAAUUCAGCUUCACGGCGAUACUGACAGCACUGGAGUUCUGGAGCAGGGUGACGCCCAGCAUCCUUCAGCUAAUGGCCCAUAACAAAGUGAUGGUAGAAAUGGUGUGUCUCCAUGUGAUUAGUUUAAUGGAGGCAUUACAAGAAUGCAAUUCAACCAUUUUUGUCAAGCUGAUACCCAUGUGGUUGCCAAUGAUUCAGUCAAACAUCAAGCACUUGUCAGCCGGACUCCAGCUGCGCCUCCAAGCCAUUCAGAACAACGUGAACCACCACAGCCUGAGGACGCUGCCGGGCUCGGGCCAGAGCAGUGCUGGCCUGGCGGCCCUGCGCAAGUGGCUGCAGUGCGCCCAGUUCAAGAUGGCCCAGGUGGAGAUCCAGUCCUCGGAGGCCGCCUCCCAGUUUUAUCCUCUAUGAGUGGACUCCUCGGCGCUCAGUGUCAGCACUCUGGUUCAGCAAUAAUGGGUUUGAAACAAGCAAUUUGCUCCGAGCAGGUUGGGGAACAUAUUGGUACUGUAAAUUCUCUUUCUAGUUUUAGUAAAAGACGUGCAGAGGCCGGAGAGGGCCGAAACAAAGCUUUCUUGCUACACAUAUUUCUGACGACUCCUUGGGCUAUCUAAGUGUUUCCUUACAUUAUUUUUUAAAAACCAAAUCAUUUUUCUUUAACUAACUUCUAUUUUUUUUAAGAAAAAAAAAAUAGACUGGUGGGUACUCACAGAAAAGUUGUACAAGUCCCCCUGUUGCUAUUUUUGAUGAUAGAGAAUAAAUAGGGUUUUUGAAACCUUUGUAGUGUUUUUUCUUAAAAUCUACUCUUGGCAAUGCAAUAAACAAAUCCGUCACCACAAGCCAGUGACACCUGACUGGAGCUUUUUGUCAUUAUCCUGGGAAAAGUGGCAGCUUGCAAGGAACAUUACAAAGUGCACUUAGAAAUUAGGUGGUUAAACUGUGCCAAUUCUUUCCUUUGUUUUAUAAUAUCGUUUUCCAAAACCGUCCAGUAUAUUUUAUUAUUUCUAAAACUAGUUUUUCAACUCAUUAGUUCUAGGCUGUACUCUCUUGUAAGCUUUAUGACAACCACUUUAGUUUUAUGAAUAAUAAACUUUAUUCUUUUGUUAAUACUUGUAUACAAUUCAAUUUAAAACUGCAGAUUGCAUUCUGGACCAGACAGAUCUGUGCUGGCACAGAGCACUGCACCUGGAGUGACGUUUCGUAAGUGGAGUUUUGAUAGCAUAAGAGCACCAAGAUUUAGAGCACCUAUACCUAGCAUUUGACUGUGCAUUCCAAAUGGAACCUUUCUCCUUUAUCCCUGUAAUGCACUGACUAGAAGAAGACUUACUACACAUUCAAGCUGUAUACUGACAUGCUAUUAAAUGCACUUUUUAUUA